GGUUGCUAGGCAAUAACAAAUACACCAUUUGAAUCAACUAAAUGCGCCCAAAGCGUCCUACUUGGUAACUGAGGCUCAUUUCAGGUCAAAAAUGUCUGUUAGCAUGAGCCCUGUAGAAUAUGAGAAUCUGGAGCAGAAGUACUUGGAAAGCAAAGCCAAGCUGAAGAAGACCGUGCAGUAUAAUGAGCGGUAUUCUUUACAAGUUCAAAAGCUGAACAAGCGGUUAAAGCGCCUGGAGUCCGAAAAUAAGCAGCUUGCAAGUCAGGCUAAAGCUCGAGACACCAGCGAAUCGGAGGGUUCUAGUUCGGUAAACCUGCAUCAGGAACGUUCAAGCAUGAUAGAGCUCGUCCAUUCAAAAAACCAGCAGAUUUCCGAUCUUUUAAAGGACAUCGAGGAAAUGGAAACGGAAAACACAGUUCUAAGAGACAAACUGGUGGAAGCGAAAGAUCAACUUGCUGCGGCCACCAAGGAAAUCACUGCUACGACAGAAAAGUUGAAAACCCUCGAAAAUCUAUUGGAAGAGCGUGACGAAAGCCUGAAACACUUUUCUUCCCAACUUGAUCAACUCAAAGACCAGCUAAAAGCAACGAAUUCAGAAAAAGCCGCUGCAGAAAAACAACUGACUUCCGCCCACAAUCACGCAAAGCAGCAGGAAAGUGAAUGGAAGGCCCUUUUGCAAGGCAAAGACGACGAAAUCCUGCUACUAAAACGCUCACUACCCGAAGCUUUAUCAUCGAAAUCCCCCGCACCUUCAAAAGAAGACCAGCUAUCGGAAAACAAGCCAGAUUUCCAAGAAGAAAAAAAAUUGGAGCUCACUUUGGCCGCAACCGAAGAGCAACUAAGUGAGCUCAAAUUGGAAAUGCAAAAUUGCGUCGCCGAAAUGAGGCAAAGUGCGAAAGUUAUUAAUAAGCUGAAGGAGGAGCGGCAAGCAUGGGAAAACCAGCUGAAAAGCAUGAAGGAAGCUGAGAAAAGCAUGGCGACGCAACUGAAAAAAGCUCACGAUCGCUGCCAAGCAAUGCAGAAGGAAGUGGAAUAUGCCAAUAAAUUAACCAACAUGUAUGUAACGGAUUUAAAUUCCAUUAAAGAGCAGAUGACGGAAAAUGGCCAAUGCGAGUUGGUGACUCAAUUGGAAGACAUCGAGGCGUUAAAAGUCGAAAAAAUGCUGCAUGAAAAGCAAAUUGUCGGUCUAGUGAGAGACAUCAACAAAAUCCAGGAGAUGCUCAAUAUUCUGCAAAUUGAAAACACUGAUUUAAGAGACCGUUUGGGCAUAACAUCAGACGUUGAUAUUGAAAUCGACCCCGAACUGAUAAACGAGUCGAAGAAGGAAAAGAAGAUGAUAGCGAAGCUGCAAGCGCAGCUUCGGCAUCACCAGGAAGAAAAUAUCGGGCUAAAAUUAGAAGCCAAAAGCCUCAAACAACAGAUAGCAACCUUUCUCAAUGAGCCUAAAAGCGAAGCGGGAGCAAACGACAUUAAAGCUCUGUCCGAAGAAAACGAAGCAUUACGUAAAGGCUUGCAUGAAAUCUUAAACAGCGUACGAGUGAAGAACGAAACUGAACCCAGAGAACUGAAGUCGGAUGUUUUGGAACGACUUCUGAAGGCGCUGGACGUGAAGCACACUUCCGGCUGGUACCAUCCAGACAUGCGAAUCCAGGCCGAGCUGCACACCUUAGAGGGAGUCAAUAUGGAGUUAAGAGAGCAAUUACACGACGCCCGAAACGAAUUGGACAAAUUGAAGCGCUCUUUACCCACUAAUCGAUCACAAGACACAUCAAUAGAGAAUCCUAAGCAAAAUUCCGGACGAAAUGAAAUACGCGCGGCAGAUUCGAAAAUUAUGGACGCAAUUUUUGCCACUGAUGUUCCUUGCAUUGAAAAAGUCAAGACAUCAAUUCUGAAGAUUCUACUGUAUUUCAUGGAAACAGGCGAGGAAGUCGAUUCGCAACUGGAAAGCGAAUUCGAAAUGGUAAAAGACAACCUGAAUUUGCUGCAUGUAAAUUGCCAGAGAGAGCAGGAGGCGGUGGUGAAAAAGCUGAAAAUCCUCGAGCAAGAGCUUGAUACGCCGCUAAUUGAUAUCGAUCUAGUCAGCUCGAUGGACUUGUCCGCAAUGAUCCAAACGGAGAGAAAAAAGUCGCACCACUUGUUCAACCAAUUAAUUAGGCUCCAGGAUGAGCAUUCACGAGCCAGAUCUGAUCUGGCUAACUUGUCUAAAAACCAUCAAUUAGAGUUGGACGCGUUGUUACGGCUUGCGGUGUUCCUCCAGGCCAAACUGUGCCAUGAAAAGGUCCACCAUUGCACAGCCACGGAAAACUCUAAAGAGCUUCAAAGCUCUCUAAACGAUUACGUGAAAAAAUAUCGCCAACUUUUGGGCGAAGUCGAGGGACAACGCGAUCAGCACAAUCUGGAAAAGUCCAUUUUAAAACACACCGAGGCUGAUUUGACUAAGGAAAACCGUGAUCUCAAGGACAAACUGAACAAACUGCUAGUAAAAUUAAAUCAAGAAGUACAUAAAGAGGACCCCAGCGCUCGUUCGCUGUCAAAAAAGGUAGCUGAUCUUGAGGUUGAGGCAUUAUCAGAAAAAAACCGCGCCAAUCAUACGAACAACUUGUACGAGCUGGUUAAAGAACAGUUGCGGAAAUCGGAAGAAAAAUUUUCAGAAUUUUCCAAAUUCGGAGACGGACUUGUGCAGAAAAACCUGCUUCUGCAAGAGAGAAUCGUGGAGCUGGAAGACCAGUUGCUUUGCGUAGAUACUGCCGAUAUUCAUAAGAAUCUAGAGGAAAACAUCGAGUCUUUGAUGCGAGACAAUAAACAACUCAUAGCAGAUAAAGCGGCGUUGUCUGCAAGAUUGCAAGAGCGUGAAGAGCGAAUGCAACAAGCCACAAGUUGGAGCAUGAAAAAAGAACAAGAGCUGCUAGUUCAAGGACUAAAGCAUGAGAUCCUGGAUUUAACAGCCACAUCGGACGAGAAGACUGUGAUUGACGCGCUGUACAGCGACUUGUCUAAAUCACGUUCAGAUACUCGAGACUACCAACUGCAGGUCGACUUUCUGCGAAGGGAAGUUUCCACUUGGGAAGCCGGUUAUGCAAAACUCUGCUCGGAGAUGGAAAGGCAACGCUCGCAGUUUGCGACCGUCGGAAAGAGUUUGGACAAGAAAAUCAGGACACUGCAGGACAUAGUGCUAAAGCAGCGCAUUCAAUAUCAUGGAUGCGUAGCAUUAACUAAUCAAGAGAUUUUGGUGGAAAAAUUGAAUACAAUCCAAAAGGAGAGACACGAAGCUUUCCUGGCACUGCAAAGCGCCAGAGAAACCCGCGACAAAAUCCCCCCCGAAGCUUCAUCGAGGACGCAAGACCCGAACCACCAAAGCGAAAAGCGACAAGUCGACUAUCUGCAGCAAAAAGUUAAGAAGCAAGACCUCGACCUGCAAAGGCUUGAAAAGGAGCUUUUCCUGGCUUAUCAGCUUGGCACCUUUGAAGCUUCAAACAAAAACAGUCCGAGGCCACCGAAAAGAAGGCCUGUACUAGUCUGGGAAAUUGCGUCGCAAGAAACCGUCGAUCCUGUUGCAACUGCCCCUGAAAAACCUGAAUCCAAAAUGGUCAUUAUGAGGAACAUGGACUGCCAGACGGAGAAACAGAAACCGGACGAGACUCCACAGCUGGAAGCAGCCAGAAUUCAUCUUAACAAUUUGCAGAGUCAACUUUCUGUUAAGGAUAGCGCAAUCAUAGAGAAUAAAAGGUCAGACUAUGUAGACGCAAUUAAAUUAAGGUUGCUGUUAGUGCAAGAAGGCGAGUUAUCAGAGUGCAGAGAACAACUCAGAAGGUCAAAGGAGGAAGUCGCUUUUCUGGAGAACCAAACGGUUUGCUUGGGGCUGAAUUUAGAGAGAGCGAAAAUGCCUUCUUCAAACCAGCACAAUGGAGGAGCUGGCGACGGUUCGGCAGUUCCAGGCAACUCUUCAGAGGAAGACUUCUUAUCACUUAGAGUAACUUUGAAAAACGCUCAGGACCGCAUAAGGCACAAGGACUCGGAAAUCAUCAAGUAUCAAACGCUGCUGAAAACAGACCGAGACAGACAUAGUCUAGCGGCUGCUAAUCUGCAGCAGGAGUUGGUGGUUUUGCGCAAAGCACUGCUUGCAGAGCAACAAAACACCCAAAGCUUCCAGCAGGACUUAGCUGCGGCGCGCAAUAAAUCCGCAGCUGUCGAAAAGUACAUCUCUCAGGUGAGAGCUUUGGAGAAACACUUGGCUGAGCUGCAUACAAAACAGGCGCAGCUACAAGCUCAGCUGCAGAACUCCCUCCAAGAGGCAGCGAGGUGGCGUGAGAUGGCCCAGGAUAGAUUGCUUGCAAUGCAGCAGCUGGGAAAGAGCCUAAACGACCAGCACAAUAAGGAGCUGCACAAUUACAAAACGGAUUACCAGAAGCUGAAGGAACUGUCUGAAGAGGAGCCAGGGAAAAAAGCCACCCCGGAGCAGAAGCUUGCCGGUUUUCUGGACCCGGAUGUUUUGAAGCUUUGUCGGGACAAAGACGAGAAAAUUCAGGAGCUUUCCUCGAAGUUAAAGCAGCUGGAGGCUGCAGGUCCAGUGCCCAACGGACAGCCAGCUAUCCAGGAAAAACCCAGUCGAUUAAAGGAAUUUGAAAUUCUCAAGACCAAAUGUGAAGUUUUGGCGAAUAAAGAGCGCCACUUAAAGGAAGAACUUAGGGAUCUAAGGGAGCAACUAUCAAAGAAGGCAAAUUUGUCAGCGCGGAGUCAAAAAUCGGAAAAAUCGGUCAAGGAACAACUGCAGAAGCGAGUCAGUUUUCUAGAGCGCGAAAUUGAGGAGUUGAACGAGAAAUUAACCAGUCAACAGCUUAUCAACGAGAAGCACAAGUUCGCUGCCAACGAGGAUUUCGAAAAGUGGAAGAAGCAAAAGUUCUGGCAGGAAAAUUGCGAAAAAUACAAAACAAAACUGCAGGAGCGCGAGGAAGAGUUCCAGAAGCUGCAGCAAACGUGCACUGGGUACAGGAUGCUAAUCGAGCGCCUAGAGCGGGAGAAAAUCAGCCUGGAGAACCGCGUAAAAGCCCUGAGGUCUGAGCAAAAAAACAUGCUUUGCAGCGAGGACAAAUCCGUUCUAAAGAUCGAGAACGACAGACUUACAUGUGAAUUAGCCGCUCUUCAGGCUAAGCUGGAAAUGCGGCAGCAUGGAGAUGGUGCGUUAAGCACCGCGGUUAUGCAGGAAAAACUGGAAGCUCAGGAGAGGAAAAUUGCCAUUUUGGAACUCAGCACUAAGGGAACUGUGGAACUGCGGAACGAAUUGGAGCGGCUGCAAACCAGCUUGGCCCAUCAGCAAAAAUCCAAUCUGUGUCUGGAGGCCGAAAAUUUGGAACUGAAAAUGGACCUAGAGAAGCACACGAAGGAGACCCCGCAUCUGCAGGAGCAAAUCCAGCAUUUAGAAAACUACAUUGAGCUGCUCAAAGACGAGAACCAGCAGCAAGCUUCCAGCUCGAGUGACGCCCCAUGCGUCGCUGAGUCCAGGGAGGAGAAAAAGGUUUCCCAGCUGGAAAGAACCGUGUUCAUUCUAAAGAGAGUCGUGGAAAAACUUCAAGUCGAAAACAAGCGGCUGCUGAGUGGAAAGCGCCCGCUUUCAGAGAGAUCUCCAUCCGCAGACAAGCUGCGGCGCGACCACAUCCGCUUGAAAGAGCAACACACCGACAGUUUGCAAAAAAUUCAAAUCCUGGAAGCGCAUCUGCAAGCGGCCAAGAAGCUGUCCAAAAGCAGAAUGGAAAGCGCGGAAGUUGAGCAGCUGAAGGCGCAGCUGGACGAAGUGAAGGAACAGCUUGCUCAGAAAGCCCAUCUUUUGGAAAAAGUCAAGUCUUUGCUGCAUGCAGCGGCAGCUAAAGAGAAGCGUCUUUUGGAGGAAAUAGCGGAACUAAAGUUUGCAAUUGAUCGCCCGGAUGACCAUCAGCUAGAUAUUCCCAGCCCCAUAGAAGAAGUUUCGGAAAUUAGCAGCGACAACUAGUGUUUUUGCCGGACAGAUUCAGGUUUUUUACCACGCUUUUUCGUUGAAACGUGCAAAUGAUAUGUUUGUUUACGACAAGCGAUCACUCGUUUGCGCGUGCAACGCAAAAUAUUCCAUAUUUUUCAGCAACAAAACACCAUUUGCGCUCAAUAACUUGAAAAACCUAGUUUUAUGCAAAGUGUGCUUUUUGGUGUUCUGUGCAGUUUUGAGUGAGCCUUAUCAUGUAAAGCAGCAAAUCAUUCCGGAAUUAAAGUUGCAGACAACGAGUUUGUGGAACUUUGCAUAUUAUGCAAAUACUGCAGUGAGAACUUCCCUUUAUGUCCGAGGGUCUCAGUGUCUGCAAACACUGCGAAAAUGAGCCUAAGCCCUGUUUGCCGUUGUUGAAUUUCUGCCAUCGUUUUCCAACUAUCGUUGAUCGACGCUCAAUUUGCCACAAUCGCCCAAUCCGUUAAAACAGAUAGGUUUUAAGUCCCCAUAUCGUCGAGUGGAUAUCAACAUAAUGGCUUCGCAAAGGGCCAAAUUUAAUCGCGUUCGCGACGGAACUAUUAAUAUAUUUAAUUAAGCUUCUCGAAUUGGGGUUCGGAUGGUGAUCAAAUAAACUGAGAUAAAAGUCCAAAACCGGAGCACUCGCUGCAACAAAGCCAUCAAUCAAUCAAGAAUUCCUGCUUUAAAAAUGUUCCCUUCAUUUCCCUCAAUGUGUAUAAAACCAAUAAACAUUAUCCUGUUUAAUCUUCUCCGUU